AUUAAAAAUUUACAAUAAGUAAUAAUAAUCAUCAUAAUAAUUAUGAAGUAAUAAUAAUUUAAUAAAAGUAAGAUAAUUAUAAUAUUUAUAACAGUGUUAACAUUAAUAAUAACUCACUUGAACACUCAGUGAUGAUGUUUGUUUGUGUAGGUGAGCGAAGUGUUGGAGGCGCUGGAAUCACUCAUCCACUCUGGUAUUUCUUGACCUGGCCUGGCCUGGGUCACUGGCCUGGCCUGGAUCACUGGCCGGGCCUGCAGCAACCAGACAUCGACUCCACAUCCAACUGACUGGUGACACUAUGCGGGCCAGACAGUUUGUGUUGUUGUGUACUGGACAACACUCAGGCUCCUCCUACCUCAACACUAAAUUGUUCAAGUUGUGGAACAAGGAUGAGCCAGGGGAGUAUGUGAGGGGUGGAGACUACCAGUAUAAUAAUGGUAGGGGAGGAGCAGCACUGUUCUCUCACCAGGAUGAUCACCAGUACCAGAAGUCAAGCAGUGCUGGUGCUGUGUGGUCAGCACGGUGGUGGGGAAGUCUCCAGAGUGCCCAGUUCUGCAUCACCACCAGGGACUUGACAGAUGGUCGCCAGUGGUACGGUGUCUUCGGUAAAGUGGUGAAGGGUCUGGAAGUGGUGAAAGCAGCAGUCAACCACAGCGACAUCACCGAGGUGACUGUAGUGGACUCUGGUGUUGUGUUGACACUCUAGUUUACUGUGCCCUCACUACUGUCACCAUCACAUUGUAAUAAUGAUUUUAAAAGCCUUAUUGUACAUGGUCGUGAAAGAAACCUGCAAGUGUCCCAUAGCUCAGAUGGUUGAGCACUCACCUCACACACUGAGGUCAUUUGUAAGGGAUCUGGAGAAUAUUACUAAGUUAAGUCUAUUGAAGGAAAUUGUUGAAAGUUACCUAGCUUUAGUGAUGGCUCAGCAUCCCCGCAGCCGGCCCCGGGUCGCUCCUUCGAAAAGCCGUAUUUUCUCCAGCCCUGAGCCGUGGGAGUUCAAGUGAUGAGUAAAUAAUUGCCCCAAUGGAGCGUAUAUUUCAGCAUUUCUGACACUCGUAAUUUAAUACUGAAUGGAUUUUCACUUACUUGUUUGGGCUCAAUGGCUCACUGAUAAUGGGGUAUAUUGGUAUAUCCAGGCAAGAUACGCCCUAUCAACUGCAGCCGACCUAACUAGGAGUGUAGAUGUCUAGAUUUAUGUAGGUAUUUGUAUCGGACUUGAAAGUUUUUUCCUGGCUUUUCUAAGAGGCCAUUGAGACCUUGGACAUCAUUCUCAAUAAUCACUAUGUCACCAAGUCUCAUGAUUUUCAGGAACACCAGCUCCAUAGAAGUGUUCUCUCAAUGAGGUUAGAUAGUCUUCUCACCAAAUUUUCUCCCAACGUUCAAUCAUUUUAUUAAAGUGUUUGAAUUUACG